AUGCCUGAAGACCUUCCUUUCAAUAUCAACAUUAAGGAACCACGAUGGGACCAGAGCACCUUUGAAGGAAGAGCCCGGCAUUUCUUCAUGGUGACAGAUCCUCGCAAUGUUUUACUUGGGCCGAAAGUGCUAGAGGAAGCAAAGAACAUUGUUGAAAAUUACAGAAAUAGAAUACCAACACCAGGAUUAACUGAAGACCAACUAUGGAGAUCCAAAUACAUCUACGACUCUGCUUUCCAUCCAGACACAGGCGAGAAGAUGGUCUUGAUUGGAAGGAUGUCUGCUCAAGUCCCAAUGAACAUGACCAUAACUGGCUGCAUGCUGACAUUUUACAGAACAACUCCAGCAGUCAUAUUUUGGCAGUGGGUGAAUCAGUCCUUUAAUGCCAUAGUAAACUACACCAACAGAAGUGGAGAUGCACCAAUUACAAACAGUCAACUAGCGACAGCCUAUGUGAGUGCUACUACAGGGGCUGUUGUGACAGCGCUGGGCCUGAAGUCACUGACCAAGCAUCUGCCAUCCCUGGUUGGUCGUUUUGUGCCCUUCGCUGCUGUAGCAGCUGCCAACUGCAUCAAUAUACCCUUUAUGAGACAACGAGAACUGAAAUUUGGGAUCCCAGUUACAGAUGAAAAUGGAAAUAGACUUGCGGAGUCUACAAAAGCUGCCCAGCAAGCCAUUGCCCAGGUGGUGGUAUCACGAAUUGGCAUGGCGGCACCUGCUAUGGCCAUCCCACCUGUAAUUAUGAACUUUCUGGAAAAGAGGGCGUUUCUUAAGCGUUAUCCAAUAAUGAAUGCACCCUUACAAGUUGGGCUAGUUGGCUUUUGCUUGGUCUUUGCAACGCCGCUUUGCUGUGCUCUGUUUCCUCAGAAAAGCUCCAUGAAAGUGUCCAGUCUAGAACCAGAGGUCCGUGACUGCAUCCUGGAGAAGAAUCCAAACAUCCAGAUUGUAUACUUUAAUAAAGGACUCUAG